UUCAUCCUUGUCUCCGUCCUCACGCAUAUACACACACGACUGGAACCAUUUCUCAUGUCCGACAUAGAAGAUCUUUACGGAGACGAGCACGAAGCUUCCGAUGACCGUCCUCAAGAGGGCUUGUCAAGAGGUCAUGAUGAAUUCGACGAAGACGAAGAGGAUGACCGCGAGGAAGAGGACGAAGAGGAGGAGGAGGAGGACGAAGAGGACGAACGCCCGAAGAAGAAAAAGCGUCGCCACAAACGAGCCGCCGCUGAAAGGUUCUUGGAUUUGGCCGCUGAGAGUGAUGAUGACGAAGAGGGAGACGAAGAAUUUGACGAUGAGGCCCAAGACGGGUUCAUUGAGGAUCCUGAGGACGGGGAUGAAUCCGGUCGACGCCCCUACGGAGCGCACAUGCCCAGCUCACGCGCUUUCGAACAAGCAAAUGACCAGAGCCCGGAAGAUAUUGCGGACGACCUGACUCGUCGCUACCGGCAGAACGCUGUUCGAUUUACUGCAGAACUGAGUGAAAUCCCUCAACGGCUUCUUAUGCCAUCUGUGCACGACUACAGCCUCUGGCAAGUCCGGGUUAAGCCUGGCAGGGAACGGGAUCUCGUGUUCAGUCUCAUUCGAAAAGCUAUCGACGUGGAAUACAGCGCACGGCCUCUACAAAUUAUGUCCGCAUUCCAGCGUGAAUCACUCCCGGGGAUGAUAUACGUUGAAGCACGGAGUUCUCAAGAAGUGACUCGGGCUUGCAAUGGGCUCGUUGGCGUCUACCUGUCACGCGGUGUCCAACUUGUCCCCAUCGAGGAGAUGGCCAGUCUACUGCAGAUAAAAAAGCAGGACGUAACUGUCACGCCUGGAAGCUGGGUUCGCAUCCGUCGCGGGGUGUAUCAAGGGGAUCUGGCCCAGGUAGUGGACAUCACCGAGACGGGUGAAAUUGUCGGUGUCAAAUACAUCCCACGAAUCGACCUCAAUCCUGUCGACGACAGCUCGCUCGAAGGCUCGAAGAAGCGCAAGAAAGCGAAUCCGACGGGUCCAGGAUCUAGUCGACCACCGCAACGGCUGUUCAACUACGAGGAAGUGGUCGCUGUCUACGGUCGGAAAAACGUUGUCAAUCGCAAACACGCCUAUGUCUUUCAGAACGAGACGUACAAGGACGGAUUCAUUGAAAAAGAUCUUAAACUCUCGCAAUUGGUUCUCGAAGACGUCAAUCCUUCAUUGGAGGAAAUUACGCAGUUUGCACGCCGGCAAGACGGUGAUGCUGGAGAGAUGGAUCUGUCAGUCAUCGCCGAGGCUUCAAGGAAGGCAGCAGUUUCCGUGCUGCAACCCGGUGACCAUGUCGAGGUCUUUGAAGGGGAGCAGAGCGGAGUUCACGGUGUGGUGGAGGAAAUCAAUCAGGACGUUGUUACUAUCACAGCUGUUGGCCUCGACUUUGAUGGUCAGAAAGUCGAUUUGCCCGCGCGCAGUGUUCGCAAGAGAUUCAAACCUGGAGACCAUGUCAAGGUCAUGACCGGACAGAAUGCCGACGAGACGGGUUUGGUGGUAUCCGUCGCAGAGAAUGUAGUGACAUUCUUGUCCGAUAUGUCCAUGCAAGAGGUCUCUGUCUUUUCUAAAGACCUUCGUGAGGCGGCCGAAGUUGGAUCCAGCACAAACGUUGUUGGCAACUAUGAGCUACACGAUUUGGUUCAACUAGACCCACAGACUGUGGGCGUUAUCUUCAAGACAGAACGCGAUUCGUUCCGUGUUCUUGAUCAGACGGGACAAGUUCGUUUGGUUCAGCCACACCAGAUUUCUAUGCGACGCGACUCGCAUCGGGCUGUUGCGACUGAUGACCAAGGUCACGAGCUUCGAAUCAAUGAUAACAUGAAGGAAAUCGAGGGAGAGAGUCGCAAAGGACGCGUUUUGCAUAUUCAUCAGGCCUUUUUCGUUUUCCUGCAUAACCGGACAUUGUUGAAAAUGGGGGUGUGUUUGUCACGCGGGCCAGGUCGCUGCAGUCGCUGGCACCGAAGAGCAAUAUCCGAGCAGCCGCAAACAUGGAUUUGUCGAAGAUGAAUCCCGCCAUGUUGCCUCCCACCGGUGGCAUGGUUGGAUCCGGCAACAUGGGGCGGGGACCCAGAGAUCGGCUGCUCGGUGUUUCCGUCGCUGUGGUUAAAGGACCGUAUAAAGGAUAUGUCGGCAUCGUCAAGGAUACCAACGGCAACAUCGUCCGAGUCGAGUUGCAUACAGGAAACAAGGUGAUCGCUGUGGAAAAAGACAAGCUGAGGCGACGAUUGGAUAGCGGCAAGUUGGUCGACCUGAGUCAGAAUACUGGUUUCGGCAACUCUGGCGGUCCUCAGCAGCGUUCAUUCGGCAAUGGGCCCGGGGCGCCGCCAAAUUGGAAUGCCCCUCCCGGAGGGCGGACACCCGCCUGGGACUCGGGAAGAACACCGGCCUGGAAUCCGUCUGGGAGGACUCCGAAUCCAUAUGGGGCAGACGGCAAGACCCCGGCUUGGAGCACCAGCUCGAAGACACCAAAUCCUUAUGCGUCGGGCGGGAGGACACCCGCUGGAGCGCCAACAACUCGGGCAGCACACCAAAUCCUUACGUCAACAACUCAGACAGCACCUGGGGAGGUGCAACCCCAGGAAGACCGGCCUGGGGUGGCGCUACUCCGGGCCGGAGAGCCGACCCUGGUUGGGCCUCACCGUCGAGGCAAUGGGGCGACUCGAGCAGUAGUGCGUGGAAUGCACCGACCCCAGCAGCGGCUGCCGCGACACCGGGUUUCAAUGGAGCACCGACUCCUGCUGCCAGCGCUCCAACACCUGGCGCUUACAUGAGCAUGUCUGCCCCAACGCCAACAGCGGCAUUCUCGCUACCUGGGGGAGGGAUGUCGGCUCCGACGCCAGGGGCCAUGGCAGCACCCACUCCAGCGUCGUACCCGUCGUACAACCAAUUCCAGAUGGCGAUUGAAUACGAGCCUUCGGAGAAUUGGCUGCUGGAUGAGGCGUACGCUCCGUAUGUCACUCGAAUCAUGGUCCGAGUCACAGGAACCAGGAGCGCUUAUCCUCAAUACCUGGACGGCCAGUUCGAAAACAAGGAGGCCCAGGUCGUUGCGGUGACCCCAGCUGGCCCGAACCUCGAACAGACAGCCAUGAUCCGAUUCUCAGAUGGCUCUACUCGAUCAGGUUUCCCCGUAAAAUAUCUCUUGCCCGUCGAGCCCAAGUUUGUCAACGACGAGGUUCUAGUGCUUGACGAUGCCAUCCAUAAGGGCGAGGUCGUCAAGCUCAGAGAGGCUCCAGAGGCUGGACGCCCUGUCAUCGUCGGGACACUCAAGACCACCGACGUGUUCGAGGUCAUGAAGGACAGACUUGUCCUACUGCACACACAAGCUUGAUAGGGUCUGAUGUACAUUAUAUGUGUAUGCAUUUUGUAAUAAUCGCUUCUAAGCGACCCUGUGAUAAAUUUGUGACUCGGUCUUUUACAAUCUACGUCCAUGCUCUCCUUACGCGCUCGUGCAGUCCCCAGGUCUCUUUCAUUGCGUUUUCUUACGUCGACGACGCGUCGCUCCAAUGAGGCCGCUCCGCCGAAACCACCAAAAUCUGUAGAGGACUCGACUUCCGCGCUCGACUACAAACAGGCUCAGCGGUCAAGACCGCCUCCCCUUCCCGUCCUGGACCUGCCUCGCUCUCGUUCUGCAGAGGAGGCCGUCACCAACAUUCUGUAUAAUACUCCUCCACCAAGUUUGCAGCCGUUUAAAAAACAUGUUUUGAACUGUCUCGUUCAGAAUGAGCCCGGUGUGCUUUCCCGUGUCUCGGGGACUCUUGCUGGAAGAGGCUUCAACAUCGACUCGCUGGUGGUAUGCAAGACGGAGAUCCGCGACCUCAGUCGCAUGUGCAUUGUACUCAGUGGUCAAGACGGCGUUGUUGAGCAGGCCCGUCGCCAACUAGAGGAUCUCGUCCCUGUCUGGGUCGUCCUCGACUACACCGAGACUCGCACGAUCUCUCGGGAACUGCUCCUCGUCAAGGUCUCGAUCUUGGGGCCGGAAUACCUCGACGAACAGCUCCUGGGCGGGCCCACUCACGAUCCCCGCCUUUCUGCCCCGGCCAGCAAGCUUGAGCGCGAGGCGGCACUAGUGCACAACAUCGAAGCCAGCGCCCAUGCGGAACCUAUCGCCGAUCCCUUACAGAAGCCCCUGACGCCUUCUGAGGCCCUCAAGCUGAAGCAUCAGCACCUGCAGUCCAUCAAUGUGCUUGCGUCCCAGUUUGGAGCCAAGAUUGUGGAUGUUAGCGAAAACAGUGUAAUUGUUGAGCUGACAGCCAAGACCCAACGUGUGGAGGCUUUCUUGAACUUGGUGAAGCCGUUUGGAAUCCUGGAGGCUGCUCGCACUGGCAAGUUGUUUGCAGGACUGAUGGCAAUGCCGAGGACGCCCAUUGCUGUCUCGGAAGAAGACGCCGAACCUGUACCCAGUCCCAGUGUCACUGUUGAUGCGCACUUGCUGCCUCCAGGGUAA